AUGGCUUCAUCGCGGCCAGACUCGCGCCGCAUUGGCCACGACAAUGGGGCGGAAACCGAACCUUUCCCAUCGAUGCCCUAUUCAUCGGCGGAUCCUAGCUCAGAUCAACCGUCCAACGACAACGACAACACGGCGACGACCACGACCACGACGACCACGACGACCACGACAUUCCCUUCCCGUGGCAGACCUUACACCAUCACAUCAACCCAGUCAUCACCCCAAGUUCCCGUGACCGUUGUGAGCCAUCCUCCGGAAUCUGUCAACGUUCCAAAUACCACAACGACCGUAUCCACCCCUCCUCAAGUUAAUAGAACGCGGCCGAUUGGAAUCAGGAGACUGCCGUCAACAAAUUUGCGACAGGCAUAUGAAGCAAGCACAACGGCGGGCGAUGCGAGCGGCAAUGUGAGCCGGUCCUCUUCUGGCCGUGGCCGCAGCAGCUCAGCGCCCCAACAUCUAAACCCCACAGGCCCCGGUUCGGCGGUUUUGACGAGGCAAAAUACAAGACAAUCUCUCCUUCCCACGGUGGCCGAGAACACCGCCGUGAAUCGAGAGGCCAUGAAUGAUACCAUCACGGGCCGAGUGAGCAGAAGACGAAGUGUCAGUAACGCUGCCCGUUCCAUCAUCAGCAGAUUCAGUGAUCACUCUGCCGAACGUCAGGAGCCUGAAUACGAAUCAGAAGUCGUUGAUCUUCUGGAUGUGCUCGACCCUGAAGUUUCAACGCUGACUACUCUUACCAACGUUCAGAACUCAUUGUUCGUACCUGAUCUUGGUAGAUGGUUGAAUAGAAGACCGACGUAUGAGCUGAGUCGCCGAUCGACAGUGGGCCGGCGUCCUCCUACGAUAGAAGAAAAGGAGACUCCCGGCAUGACUCCGGUCGUCAGCGAGCCAACACCAACCGAGACAGGUCAAGAAGAAGAACAACCGGUUGAGACCACCCCAGCCAUGCAACGAACGUGGUCCUGGCAGCGGAGACCACAGAUCGAACGCUCUCACAGUAUUUCCUCGGUUAUGACCGCAUCCCAUUAUGCUGUCCUGCCUCAUGGUGUCAGGUUGGAAGGAUGGAGCGAUGAGGACAAAGAGGCAUUGGACGAUCAUGUUCGGCACAUGCUACACUCUAAACGAUCGAAGUUCAAGCAGAGAAUGGUUGCGUUUGGAAAGUAUGUUCGAAAACCUCUUGGGUUUUUCGUGACAUUAUACGCGACUUUGAUCACGCUUUUCGGUUUGGCUUGGGUACUUUUCUUAAUUGGCUGGAUUUAUGUUGGAGAUCGACAACUGUAUAUUAUCAAUGUUAUUGAUAAUGUCCUGGUCGCCCUUUUCGCCAUUGUCGGUGAUGGUCUGGCCCCAUUUCGGGCUGUGGACACGUACCACAUGAUCUUCAUUGCACACUACCACCAACUGACCUGGAGGUUAAGACGAGAAAAAGCUUUGCCGGAAUUGCAUGAUCACAACGACCUCCCUGCUCAAACGGAAAAAGAGGUGGAUCCAGAGGCCUCAAAGCCUGAGGAAUAUGAGUUCUCAGUUCUGACACCCAAACAACAGCAGAAGCUCGUUCACCAUCAGGCCAAAUUUUCCAAGUCGCACUCUUUUUACAAGCCACACGAAACCGCGACCCAUUACGCCUUUCCCUUGCGGCUGCUCGUUGCAAUCGUCGUGUUGCUCGAUUGUCACUCACUGCUCCAGAUCUCUCUGGGUGCCUGUACAUGGGGUAUCAGCUACCAUACGCGGCCUCAGGCUUUGACGGCCACAAUUCUCGCCUGUUCCAUCACGGUCAACAUCACAGCGGGUAUUCUUAUCACGAUUGGGGAUCGAAAGACACGAAAGAAAGAUGUGGCUUUGAGGAUGGCCAGACAAGAGUUGACAUCGACGGCCAUCAAGAAGGUUGAGAAGCACAAGAAGGAACGUGCCGAGCAUUUGCGUCAGGAUCAAACACCGAGGAGCUUUGAGGACAUUGACGAGGAGACGGCCGAUCAAGUGAGAACGCGUUCUCGAUAG